AUGCAUAAAAAUCCACGAAGAAGUCACAAAAGCCUGGACUGCAAAUGCGGAAGAUUACGCCAAAAAUCUCAAUUUUUGCAGAAAGAAGUUGUGAAAAAACUAACGGACGAUCUUCGAAACCGCGAACAAAUCAGUGUUUGGAAAGCGGAAAGAAAACGAGUCGAUACGAAUUCGAAUUCUUCCGAUGAACCACUUUGGAUAAAUUGGACAGAUCGAGAAAAACGAGAAUUGAAAUCGAAAGGAUCGGUUAGUGGAUAUUCGAUUGAUCUCAAAUCACAUUCUCCAUAUUUUUCAACAAUUCAUUCGUGGAAAUUUGUUAUUUUGUCCAAUUAG